GUGGACAGACGCUGGUAUUGGAGGGGGAGGCGUUUGGCUCGGUGAAGACGGGGAGUGAACGAGCAGAGAGGGUGAGGAACCAGCGGACCUGGCCCUUUAAAUCACCAAUACAACGCGUUUGGAGUGUCAAACCACCGUGAGCUCGGCCUUUUGACCUGAAGAGGGUUCCUGACGUCCAGUUCAGUCCAGUCCUGUCCUGUCCUGCUCAGAGUCCCCUCCGUCUCUCCGUCCUGUCACGCUGGUGUCCAGAGUGAAGCUGGUCUGCACGCCAUCAAUCAGUUUUCUCUGGUGUUGCUGUAUUCUGAUGGAUCAGUAUGUCCACCACUAAUAACAUCGCCCAGGCCAGGAAACUGGUGGAACAGUUGAGGAUCGAGGCAGGAAUCGAGCGUAUUAAGGUGUCUAAAGCAGCAGCAGACCUCAUGAGUUACUGUGAGCAGCACGCUCGCAGCGACCCCCUGCUGGUCGGCGUUCCCACCUCCGAAAACCCUUUCAAGGACAAGAAGCCCUGCAUCAUCCUAUAGCUGUGUUCUUACCCCACCUGACCUGACACACAUUCACACACACACACACAUACGGUACAUUCAGGCACACAGGAUGACACACACACACACACACACACACACAUGUUGCUUUAGUUCAGUACUUGAACUAACUCACAACAACUGCAAAUAUAUUAAGA